AUGUACCAAAGCGCCUGUAAUGCGGCCACAACAGGCUCGUGUGUGGCUGGAGCUGGUAAUCAAACGGAUAACGAUCGUCAGGCUGCGCUGAUAGCGCAGCAACCACCCACAGCGCCCGUGGAACCAGAUUACAGUGGCUUCGAUAUCGUUAAGGCCACACAAUACGGUGCGAUAGCACGCGUUCGAGAGCUGGUUGAGUCCGGCUGGGAUGUUAAUCAGCCGGACAGUGAAACGGUCACACUGCUGCACUGGGCUGCCAUCAACAAUCGACGAGAUAUCAUCAGAUAUUUUCUAGAAAAAGGCGCUACCGUCGACGCUGUUGGCGGUGAAUUAAAUGCAACUCCGCUGCACUGGGCCACACGUCAAGGUCACUUGGGCGCUGUGGUUCUCCUCAUGGCAGCGGGCGCUGAUCCCCGUAUACGCGAUGCAGAGGGCUGUUCCUGCAUUCACAUUGCCGCACAGUUUGCUCACACCGCCUUGGUGGCCUACUUCAUAGCCAAGGGUGUGGAUCCGGAUUUGCAAGAUCGCGGCGGCAUGACUGCGCUCAUGUGGGCUGCCUGGAAGGUAUGUGCCCUGGAUCCAGUGCGUCUGCUGCUUACGUUGGGCGCCAAUCCCGCCAUGGUUGAUUAUACGCACGGCAAUACGGCGCUGCACUGGGCCAUAUUAGCCCGGAAUGCAACCGCAAUAUCGACACUGGUGCUUAAGUCGAAGGCUUCGCUGGAUGUGCCCAAUUUGCGAGCUGAGACACCACUAACCAUGCUGGAGGCUCAAACAGGUGCCAUUUGGAUUGGCAGUAAAGUAAUGGAUCGUGUGAGAGAAGCAUCUCUCACAUCACAACAACGACGCUCUCUUGUCUCCAAAUUACGGCACGAUAAACGCUUACGCUGGUGGUCCAUGGUCGCCUGUCCAUUUACCGCCUUCUAUUUGGCCGGAAUUGUGUUUACCAUCAACACGCUGUACAUUAUCAAGUUUUUCCUGCUCGGCUGCCUCUAUGCCGUAUUCCAUACGAUUGGAAAAACGCUGUUUGAUGAGCAUCUAAUGGCCCUGCUGCCGCUUUCCGUCUAUCUGGCCACUAAGGCUUGGUUCUAUGUCACCUGGUUGAUGUAUAUCGAUGAUGCUGUGUCUUUAGCAGCCACCGUGUGCUUCCUAAUCUCUUCACUGGCGCUAUGGGUAUGCUUUCUCAAAUCCUGGAAGGGCGACCCCGGCAUUAUACGGCCCACCAGAGAGCAGCGAUUCAAGACAAUUAUUGAGCUGUCGGAGCGCGGUGGGAUUGGCUUUGAGCCCGCUUCCUUCUGUUCGGGCUGCCUGGUGCGUCGACCUAUACGCUCCAAGCACUGCUCUGUAUGUGAUCGUUGUGUGGCACGCUUCGAUCAUCAUUGCCCCUGGGUGGGCAAUUGUAUUGGUCUCAAGAAUCACAGUUACUUUAUGGGCUUUCUCUGGAUGCUUCUCAUCAUGUGCGCCUGGAUGCUGUACGGUGGCUCCAAAUACUAUGUUAAUGAGUGUAAUGUUCACUUUGACGAUUUCCUUACCGCCAUGCGAGCUAUUGGCAACUGCAAUGCUUGGGUGGGCUGGGUUAUGGGCAACGCCUUGUUGCACAUGUCCUGGGUCAUUCUGUUGACCAUUUGCCAGACCUAUCAGGUGAUUUGCCUGGGCAUGACCACCAACGAGCGCAUGAAUCGCGGUCGCUAUCGCCAUUUUCAACUUAAAGGCGGACACAGCCCAUUUACGCGUGGUCCACUGCUCAAUCUGAUUGAUUUCCUGGAAUGCAGUUGCUUUGGUUUGGUGCAACCGCGUCGAAUUGAUUGGAUGAACUACUAUGACUACGAUGCACAGGUGCAUAAGACAAUUGAGAAGGAGCCGCUGCUGCGAGGCGAUUGCGCUGAUAAUGAUGGACUAGCUGGCGAUCAUCAGUAUGUGUAGGAUAAGACCUAUCGGGAUGCGAAGACGCUUCAAAUGCCCAUUGCACAUGUUUAGCCCAACAAGACGAUGUGCAAGACAAUGCUUUAGAUACGAGUACGAAAAUAUAUGCCCCCCGAUUAGCUUUGUAUUAUUUCUAGUGAUUUGUAAUUGGUACGCGCUGCUGCAAACACAACGAUAUAGCAACAACUACAACAACAACAAAAAGAACAAAAACAACAACAAUAUGAAUUGAAAAGAUAACAACAUCUAUCAGCAAAAGACAAAAGACAGAAGCGUCGCCGCAAACCGAUAUCGGAUCGAGUAAAUUAGGCAAUUAAUAAUGCCUCGAUCACUUAAUAUAUAUACGUACAUAUAUUGUGCAUGUAUUUUACUUGUAAUUACAAAACUCUGUACAUUUUCUUCAUCAUAUUUCUUAAACUAACUGCAAUACCAUGUUGUUUGUCAUUCUCAAGUAUUUGUAAUACCAAAAAUUUAAACGCUCACACCGAACAAAAACAAAUGAUAAAGACUACGAUGAAAGUGAAAAAAAAAAAUUAAACAAAACCAUUUAACUAUCGCAAGAAAAUCAAAAAUUAAGACGAGCAUAAUGUAAUUAAUUUAAAAUUACAUUAUGAUUAACAAAUUGUAAAGCGCACAUUAAAAAAAUACAAUAUGAAUUUUAAAUAGUUAUUCAAAGUUAUGUGUAUUCUAAAAGCAAGUUUAUAUAGUUAAAUAGGUUGCGGUUGCCUUUGAGUAAGCUUGGAUAAUCUGAAUAAUCGCUUUGAAAUAAUUCCAAGCUGCUCGUCAUUAAAGCAGCUUUCAAAUGAACCAAAAUAACUAAACACCAAACAAACAAGAAGUACUUUAUAUGUUUAUGAAAAUACGAUUUGCAUACUUAAAAGAAAAACAAUUCUAAAACGCGAUCCGAUUCAAUACGCACUAGUCUAGUCAGCAAUCAUUUAAGUAAAAAUAUAAAAGUUAUAGUGUAACAACAAAGACGAUAUACAUAUACAAAUAUAUAUAAAUAAAUAUUGCAUAUUUAAAAAAUAUACAUCUAUACAUAUUUAUAUCGAUAUAGUUAUGAAAUUAUGUACACCUAUGAUCAAUGAUGGAAUUUCUAAAAGUGCAACAACCUGACAACAACCACAACACACACACAAACACACCAACAAGACAAACAACAACACGUAGCUAAAAAACCGUUUCUAAUUGUAACACGUUACUUAAAUGCAUUUAAAUUUAAAUAACAAUUUCAACUAUAUAUAAAAUAAACAAUUAUGUAUGUAUGUAUGUAAUUACUCAAAACACACUUUUCGAUAUACUAUUUUGUAUUUGAGAUUAUACAAAACGGAAACGUACUUUUCACUCUGCGAUUUGCUACAAGUCAUUUGUUUAAACAACAUUUUUAUAUUCGUUUGCUUGCAUUGUUAUAUAAGAAAAGUAAAGAAAACAAAAUUAACAGAAAUGAAACGCUUUUAAAAGACUAUGAUAAAAUGUAAGAAGUAACACGAAACCACGCAAACAAACCCUAAUAUCUAAGUGUUUUUUGGCCCUAUUAACAGCAAAACCAAUUGAGACAACCAAAAAUUCAUUGCCUAUGUCUUUAGUUUAGCCAAUAAGUUCAAGACAAAAUAUGUGUAUUAAAUAGUAUGUAGAAUGAAAAGCGAGGUGUAUGUAACAAUGUGCGUUAAAAAUUUAAUAAUAAAUAUAACUUUAUUCCGUAUUCAAAAAGAAA